GCCGAGGAGAAGCGGUGGGAAGGCGCAACCGCUCACCUGCUGGGCAGCGCACACCGGAGGGACCCGGCUGUGCUCCCAAGGGCCCUGGCAUCCGGACUCGCCCGGAGCCUUGCAAGCGGCCACGCUCCGGGUGUUCUCCUCCCAGCGGCCUGGAGGAGCCGUGGGGCCACCGGCAGCUCUUUGCUUUGACAGAGGGGAGGCGGGGAAAGAGGCGAGUAACAGAGCCAGCGAGCCAGGCAGAAACUCGAGCCGGGAACAAAGAGGGAUCGGGCUCGUGGUGUGUGUGUGUGUGUGUGUGUGUGUGUGUGUGUGUGUGUACCGUCCCGAGCUGGAGGCUGGAACAUUUGGGCCCAAGGCUCCUGCUGUGACUCCCCAAGACUCCGCCGUGCCAGCCACUGCUGAUUCCCAGCGCUCAUCAGCACAAACUUUAUUCUUGGCAAACUUCUCUUUUUCUCCCCUCCUCCUCCGCCCCCUUCCCCCCCAGCAGAUUAAAUGCUCCUCCAGAAGGAAAACCGAAGCGAAAGGGAAGGAAAGAAGCUCUAAGUCGGACGUCUGCAGCCCGGGUGGCUCUUUAUUGUUUACUCUUCAGGAAGUGGACUUUCGGUAUUUUUUGAUUCUUCUCGCACCUCUGCUGGGGCAAACGGAGCCUUUUGGCCCAGCUCUCCUCUUCUUGAAAAAAAAAAAACAAAAAAAAAAACAACAACUUCGAAAUCGGCAUCCGAGGAAUCCACGGUGGAGAAGUUUUGCACAGUGACGCGCCACGGGAUCCUCCUCUGCACUUUGGAAAGUCGUGUCCCCUCCGGAACUGGUGUCCUCGGCCCACAGACCCCAGCGAGGCGGAGUGGCCACCCGGCCCUGGCAGCCUAGCCUAGCGCACGGGGAGCGCCGCAGACGCUCUCAGAGGCGCCGGCGGCUGCCGCCCUCGCAGUCUGGUGCCCUUCGCCUGGGGGCCGGGCGCCGGCGUCCUUCUAAGUGAAGUGGGAAAGCGACGCGAUCGCAGCGGCUCCCGCAGCUGCUCCGGCCUCGGGCCCCCCGUUUGCCCACCCCGCUUCCAUUAGUCGUCCUCCCACACGCAGUCUUCCAACUCUCAUCUCCCCCACCCCUGUCACCUCACAUCGAACCCCCCUCUCCUGCCGUCGCCGAGUGCUCCCGCAGCGGAGCGGAGAUUACAGAGCCGCCAGGAUGCCCCAACUCUCUGGUGGAGGCGGCGGGGGAGACCCGGAACUCUGUGCCACCGAUGAGAUGAUCCCCUUCAAGGAUGAGGGCGAUCCCCAGAAGGAGAAGAUCUUCGCCGAGAUCAGUCACCCCGAAGAGGAGGGCGACUUAGCCGAUAUCAAGUCAUCCUUGGUUAACGAGUCCGAAAUCAUCCCGGCCAGCAAUGGACAUGAGGUGGUCAGACAAGCACAGCCCUCUCAGGAGUCCUACCAUGACAAGGCCAGAGAACACCCGGAUGACGGAAAGCAUCCAGAUGGAGGCCUGUACAACAAGGGGCCCUCCUCCUACUCUAGUUAUUCUGGCUACAUAAUGAUGCCAAAUAUGAAUAGCGACCCAUACAUGUCGAAUGGAUCUCUUUCUCCACCCAUCCCGAGGACAUCAAAUAAAGUCCCGGUGGUGCAGCCGUCUCACGCCGUCCACCCUCUCACCCCCCUCAUCACUUACAGCGAUGAGCACUUUUCUCCAGGAUCACACCCGUCACACAUCCCAUCUGACGUCAACUCCAAGCAAGGCAUGUCCAGACACCCUCCGGCUCCUGAAAUCCCCACCUUUUACCCCCUGUCGCCGGGUGCUGUCGGGCAGAUCACCCCACCCCUCGGCUGGCAAGGUCAGCCUGUAUAUCCCAUCACGGGUGGAUUCAGGCAACCCUACCCAUCCUCACUGUCAGGCGACACUUCCAUGUCCAGGUUUUCCCAUCAUAUGAUUCCUGGUCCUCCUGGUCCCCACACAACUGGCAUCCCUCAUCCAGCUAUUGUAACGCCUCAGGUCAAGCAGGAGCACCCCCACACCGACAGCGACCUAAUGCACGUGAAGCCUCAGCAUGAACAGAGAAAGGAGCAGGAGCCCAAAAGACCUCACAUUAAGAAACCUCUGAACGCUUUCAUGUUAUACAUGAAAGAAAUGAGAGCAAACGUCGUAGCCGAGUGCACGCUAAAGGAGAGCGCGGCUAUCAACCAGAUCCUGGGCAGAAGGUGGCACGCCCUCUCCCGGGAAGAGCAGGCCAAAUAUUAUGAAUUAGCACGGAAAGAAAGACAGCUACAUAUGCAGCUUUAUCCAGGCUGGUCAGCAAGAGACAAUUAUGGCAAGAAGAAGAAGAGGAAGAGAGAGAAGCUACAGGAAUCCACUUCAGGUACAGGUCCCAGAAUGACAGCUGCCUACAUCUGAAACAUGGCGGCAAAAGAAGCUCAUUCCCAACGUGCAAAGCCAAGGCGGCGACCCCAGGCCCUCUUCUGGAGAUGGAAGCUUGUUGAAAACCCAGACUGUCUCCACAGCUUGCCCGGCUGACCCCAGGAGCACUGACAGCCUCUUUACCCUGAGGUCACUGCUAGAGACGCUGACCCACAGAGACAAGUCACUGCCGGCCCUCCCUCCUGUCUCCUGCAAGCGCCGACUUCCAAAAGCAAGCCGAAAAACGCUUGUUUCUGAAAAAGAAAAAAGAAAAAAAAAAAAGCCCAUGAGAAUGCUAGCAGGCCCUGCCCACUGAGCAGCACUGCUUCCGGUCCCUGUGUGCACUUCUCUUCCGUGCAGACUUGUCACCCUCCAGCAAGGACAGCACCUUGGCAUGUGCCACCAGAGCCAGGGACCAGAGCAGCCAUCAGCAUCCCGGCGUGAGAAUUGUGGAAGACUCCCCGUUUCUGUCUUCAUUUUCCUAUCUUCUCCGAGUUUUUAUUUAACAGUACAAAAGGAUCAAGCUUAUGUUUGCUUCUUUUUUUUUUAACUCGAAUUUUUAAAUUUACUUUUUUUUUCCAUUCUUAUUUUCCUUGUAUAUUUUGCUAGCUCUGAGCUUUUAAAUGAAAUUCAUAGGUCUGGAAGAGUUUGGAAUGAAAACAAGAUGAGAAGAAGCCUUCUGUUUUUCGGAGCCAUCUUGUGUGGCUUCUUUGUGACACACGGUGGCCUCUGUCCCGUUGAAGUGUCAGAUAGAGCUAACAAUUAGCCACACCCGCUCUCGCUGUUAGCGGUUGGCAGCCCAUCUCACUUAAUUUUCUGUUGUUUUUGUAUAAUGACAAACUUUAACAUAGACUUCUGAGCAAACCCAUUUGCAGUGGAUUUCAUUUCUUUCCUUUCACUCAUGUAAAAAGCCCAGCACUUGAAUUGUUAUUACUUUAAAUGUUCUGUAUUUGUAUCUGUUUUCAUUAGCCAAUUAGUGGGAAUUUAUGCCAGUUGUUGAAAUGAACGUUGAUGUACCUGUUACUUUGAAAUAGCAAGGCACAGCCUUCGCCCCAAACUGUCAUCUUUACGUUUGUCAUUCCAGUUUGAGUUAACGUGCUGAGCAUUUUUUAAAAGAAGCUUUGUAAUAAAACAUUUUUUUAAAAGCGUCA